UACUAUACAAAAUGGCGACUCUUGUCAGAACGGGAGCGUCGUAUCAUAGAUUAUUAAUUUCUUUUACACAACAAUGUAAAUGUACUGUAACAAAUAGUGUUACCUAUGUAAGAAGAAAUUAUUCUGAUGACAAAAACAGUAAAGAAUGUUAUGAUAUUAUUAUUGCAGGAGGUGGUAUGGUAGGAACAACAUUGGCUUGUGCGAUAGCUAAUAAUAGAUGGCUAGAAUCGAAAAAAGUAUUGCUACUAGAAGGUGGCAAUAAACAUGAAUAUAAACCAGAAGAAAAGUAUUCGAAUCGUGUGGUUGCUUUGAAUCAACAGACUCGUACUUUGCUAUCCAGCAUAGGAGCAUGGCAACAUAUAGAAGCUGUACGAUGCUGCCCUGUAAAAAUGAUGCAGGUAUGGGAUGCAUGUUCUGAUGCUAUAAUAACUUUUAAUGAGGAUUUUUUAUCUAAAGAAUUGGCGUACAUAGUAGAAAAUGACUUACUUCUUCAUGCAGUAAAUACACAAUUGGAGGAAAAAUCAAAUGUUAAUGUUGUCUAUAAUGCAAAAGUUACAAAUUUAUUGUUGCCUGAGAUAAUAGGAGAAAAUGUUGAAGUACAGCUAGAAAAUGGAAAACAAUAUAAGACAAAAUUAUUGAUAGGAGCAGAUGGAGUUAAUUCAAAAAUACGUCAAGCAAUGAAUGUUCAGUAUAUUCAAUGGAAAUAUGAUCAAAUGGGAAUUGUUGCUACGUUGGAAUUAUGUGAACCAACAGAAAAUAUUGUCGCUUGGCAAAGAUUCCUUCCAAGUGGACCAAUAGCUUUACUUCCAUUAACAAAUACUCUCAGUUCAUUAGUAUGGUCUCUUACAACUGAAGAAGCACAAAAGCUUUUAAAAAUACCAGAGGAGGAAUUUGUUGAUAAUAUAAAUAGUGCAUUAUGGAAAAUCUAUCCUAAAAAUGGUAUUAUAGAAAGUGGUAUGAAAGCUUUACAUCAAUUACUCGAAGGAUUAUCUCUACAAACUGGAAUAUCAAGACAGUUGCCGCCAACAGUAUCAAAAAUUAUAGAAGGUUCAAGAGCAGCUUUUCCAUUGGGAUUUGGUCAUUCUGUAUCAUAUGUUGCACCUGGAACAGUCUUAGUUGGAGAUGCAGCACAUCGUGUUCAUCCUUUAGCUGGUCAAGGUGUUAAUUUGGGCUUUGGAGAUAUUACUGUCUUAGUAAAAGUUCUUGCGGAAGCAGUUACAGAUGGUGCAGUACUUAAUAACUCAAUAUAUUUAAGCAGAUAUGAGACUUCACGUCAACGACAUAACAUUCCUACAAUGUUAGCUAUAGAUGCUCUUCAUCGAUUAUACAAAGGAACUGCAGCUCCUAUUAUUUUGGCUCGAAGUUUAGGAUUACAAUUUACAAACGCCAUACCAAUAUUAAAGAAAGCUUUAAUACAGCAUGCAUCCGACCAAAAAAUUACAUGUUAAUCAACGUUUAGAAAUAUUGAUUAUUACAAUAACAUAGUAACAAGUUUAAUCGUUAUAUAAAGAAUAUAAAAUUAUUUCAAU